UACGGCUUCGAUACCCACUGAACGUACACAUUCAACCCGCAGAGCAAAUUCUUCAGUCCGAGUUAAUUUCGAAUCAACUCAGUAGCAUUCACAUUAGGGUUUAUGCAUCCUAACUCGCUUGAAGCAGUACCUAAUAGACUGAUAGAUAGCUCAAACCAAACGAAUUGGUCUCUGGUUCAGUGAUCGGGCCGAGAAGCUCGAUGGCCAUACGUAGGCUAUUGUUGCUCUUGAAACCAUUCGAUGUGUACGCAGUUGGUUCUAAGAGUUUACCUCGUAUCACCAAUUCUCAGGUUCUACAUUACCUGGAUAACAGGCGUAAGGUUCACAAGGAUGCUGUAAACUUUUGUCAGAACAUACUAAGGCAAAAGUCAGUUGAUUGGGAAACUAUUUUACGCACCGACUUAUCACAACCAAUCCGUGAUUUUGAUUUAGUUGUUACGGUUGGUGGCGAUGGAACACUUUUGCGAGCAAGUCAUUUCAUAGAUGACUCAAUUCCAGUUGUAGGUGUGAACUCAGACCCCACACAAGCUGAAGAGGUGGCGCAUCUCAGUUGUGAAUUUGAUGCUACCAGGAGUACUGGCCACCUAUGUGCAGCUACUGUCAAAAACUUUGAGCAAGUUUUAGAUGAUAUCCUUGCUGGAUGCAAAAAUCCUUGUAAUUUAACAAGGAUGUCAGUAAGUAUAAACUCGCAACCACCGGUGUCAACAUAUGCCCUUAAUGACAUGUUAAUUGCACAUCCAUGUCCAUCAACAGUCUCGCGCUUCUCUUUCAAGCUUGAGAAGGACAGUGAAUCAUGCUCUCCGUUAGCAAAUUGCAGAUCAAGCGGUCUUAGAAUCUCAACAGCUGCUGGAUCAACGGCUGCAAUGCACUCUGCAGGUGGAUUUGUUAUGCCUAUUUUAUCUGAGGACCUCCAAUAUAUGGUAAGAGAACCGAUUUUAGGUGGAGCAGGCAAUGGCAUCUCCAAUUUGAUGCAUGGGAUAAUUAAACAAGACGAGUCCAUGGAAGCCAGAUGGUUUUGCGACGAGGGUGUAGUAUAUAUUGAUGGUUCUCAUGUACGUCAUUUUAUCCAAUAUGGGGAUACCCUUCAAUUCUCUUCAAAGGCACCAAUUUUGAAAGUUUUCUUGCCUAACCAUAUCUUAUCAUAGAAUGGUGCACCCAGCUUUUAUUUGUAAAUACACAAAAAAAUCGCGUCCCUUGUACAGAUAGCAUAGUGGUAGAGCAUUGCACAUUGUUUUAGAAAGAUGAGCGAGUCUAUUGUACAAAUAGCAGUGGCUUGGAAACAUGAUAGUUGCUGAUGUUA